AAUCUCUCUUAAUCUGUGUGUUUUGCUCGAUCCAANAAUUUUUCUGUGUUUUUUUCGCGAUCCGAUCUCGUCUUUUCUCUCCUGUUUCGAUUUGGAUCUGUUUUGGUUUCGAAUGCUUAUUUUUUUCCAUCCAAACAUAUAAUUUGGUGUGAUUGUGUUAAGAGCUAAGGUUCGAUCUGUGUCGGUGAUCUGCAGACAAUUCACGUAAUUUUCAUUUCUCAUUUACGUUUUUUAAAUUUCCCAAUCCUCGAACCGGCCGGUUCAAUUGCAUGUACCAGAUCUGUGAUUUUGAUUUGAAUUUCUCGCUCUACUUGUGUAAUUUUCGUUAAUUUGCGGCUUUUAAACGGCUCAUUAGUCAUUAUUAAGCAUGAUCAUAAGUAUUUUGGUUCAUGUUUACGUAAAACGUAUUCUGUGUGCAUCUUCUAACCCUUACGAAACCGGAUCUGAGUGUUUUUUUCUAAACCGACACUGUCAAAUUUUAUUUUCUAAACCGGAUCUGAUUUGUUAGAUCCUUUUUAUUUUGUGGAGGUUAACAAAGCAAAAUGGUGAAGAUAUGUUGUAUUGGAGCUGGUUAUGUUGGUGGUCCAACCAUGGCGGUCAUUGCUCUCAAGUGUCCAUCUGUUGAAGUAGCCGUUGUUGAUAUCUCUGUACCAAGGAUCAAUGCUUGGAACAGUGAUCAGCUCCCCAUUUACGAGCCAGGUCUUGAUGAUGUUGUUAAGCAGUGCCGUGGGAAAAAUCUCUUCUUCAGCACCGACGUUGAGAAACAUGUUAGAGAGGCUGACAUUGUCUUUGUCUCUGUCAACACCCCAACUAAGACACGUGGUCUUGGAGCUGGCAAAGCUGCUGAUUUGACUUACUGGGAGAGUGCUGCUCGUAUGAUCGCUGAUGUUUCCGUUUCUGACAAGAUUGUUGUCGAGAAAUCAACUGUGCCUGUCAAAACUGCUGAAGCCAUUGAGAAGAUUCUUACACACAACAGCAAAGGAAUCAAGUUCCAGAUUCUUUCCAACCCUGAGUUUCUUGCUGAAGGUACAGCUAUUGAAGACCUUUUCAUGCCUGACCGUGUUCUUAUCGGUGGUCGUGAAACACCUGAAGGCUUUGCAGCUGUUAAAGCCUUGAAAGAUGUUUAUGCUCAAUGGGUUCCUGAAGAGAGGAUCCUCACUACCAACCUCUGGUCUGCUGAGCUUUCUAAGCUUGCAGCUAACGCCUUCUUAGCACAGAGGAUCUCAUCUGUCAAUGCUAUGUCUGCUCUCUGUGAAGCAACUGGCGCCAAUGUCACUGAGGUCUCUUACGCUGUGGGUAAAGACUCUCGGAUCGGUCCCAAGUUCUUGAACUCGAGUGUUGGAUUCGGUGGAUCUUGUUUCCAGAAGGACAUCCUUAACUUAGUCUACAUCUGUGAAUGCAAUGGCUUACCUGAAGUCGCUGAGUACUGGAAACAAGUCAUCAAGAUCAACGACUACCAGAAAACCAGAUUUGUUAACCGCAUCGUCUCUUCAAUGUUCAACACAGUCUCCAACAAAAAGAUUGCGGUUCUCGGUUUCGCCUUCAAGAAAGACACAGGAGACACUAGAGAGACUCCAGCCAUUGAUGUCUGCAAAGGUCUGUUAGGUGACAAAGCUCGUCUCAGCAUCUAUGACCCACAAGUCACUGAAGAGCAGAUCCAAAGAGACUUAACCAUGAACAAAUUCGACUGGGACCACCCUCUUCAUCUCCAGCCCAUGAGUCCCACCACUGUGAAACAAGUCUCGGUUGUUUGGGACGCAUACGAGGCAGCCAAAGACGCUCACGGUAUCUGCAUUUUAACCGAGUGGGACGAAUUCAAGAAACUCGAUUUCGAAAAGAUCUUUGAGAAUAUGCAGAAACCAGCUUUUGUUUUCGACGGUAGGAACGUUGUGGACGCUGAGAAACUCAGGAAGAUUGGGUUCAUUGUUUACUCCAUUGGUAAGCCAUUGGACCAGUGGCUCAAGGACAUGCCUGCUCUUGCCUAAACAAACCAAACCUUUUCCUUAGCUUAUUUUUCUCUCCAUUUUUUUCGAAAUUCUCAUGAGUUUUUCCAUAUAUCUUUAACUAUGUUUUGAUCAAUAAUUGUCGCUUUUGUUCUUCGUAUUAUGAACUCCAACAGAGAUUUUUAGGUUUGGUUUUUGUUGGUAAUUAUGUACCUUGGGUUAUCAAAUAUUGUAAGCUUUUUGAGUAUUAUUUUCAUAAUAUACAAGUUUUUCUCUA